ACGGAUGGAAUAGACCGGUCAAGGUAUAAUGUUGAAUAAGGGGAUGUGCUUGUUUUCUUUUGCCAGGGAACUUGAAAAGAAGAGGCUGUCAAAAUGCCUGAGACUGGCGGCGUAUCAGUUGCUCCCAAGAAGGGUCUGACACUCGAUGACCUCAUCGCGGCCAUCGACCGACAUGAAAAGAAUCCGAGCAACAUCCCAAAGGCCGAUACUUUCCAUUUCUGUGGGGAGAGAGUCUCAGAAUGGCUAGAGAGGGUGGAACAAGCUUUGGUUGGGCGGUCGGAUGUUGUAAAGUUUCGACGCAUCCUUCAGUAUGUCCUCCACAGCUACCAUCAGGAGGUGAAGAAAGUCAUAGAUGCGGCUCAAGGUAGCUGGGAGAGGUUCAAGGAGGGGAUGCAGAGGAAGUACCGCUUGGGAGACGGGCUAUUGACUACCGCAGACCUUGAGGCGAUGAACAAAGAGGAUUUUACGACAAUAGGGGCUUUUGUUCAAGAAUUUCAGAAGAGAGCGCGGAAGGUCCAUGGGAUUUCGGAGGAAGCACAAUGCACCAUCUUCCUGAGGCUACUCACGGCAUCGGAGGCCGUCGAGUUGACGAGGCAUGGAGGAGGUAGCACUAAGCUCACCUGGGCCACCAUUGACAGAGGGAUGGAAGUUGGGUGUUUGGACCAGGUGGAGCAACGUCAGCAAGGCCACAUUAUAAGGUUCUGUAAUAUAAGAGGGGAAGACGAGAGAAGCGGACUGAUUUCCUCCACUAUGGAUGAGAAUAUCUACGAUCAGUUUGGGGAGGCAAUUGACAGAAGGCUUGGAGGAGUGAGGGUUGAAGCCCAACGAAGAGCGGCAACUGGGCCGCCACCCCCUGCCAUGUUCAGGCUAUGGCAGGAAAAGGAGGAACCACCGAUUGGGGUAGAGGAAGUGGGGAGCGAUGAGGAAGUGGCUCAAGGGCAACGAGGAGGAAGUAAGACGGAAGAGCCCAUAAUCAUCGAGUCAGAUGACGAGGAUGAGGAGGAAAGAAUGGAGCCUCAGUCCGUCUUAUUUGGGAAGAUGGAGGACCUGCUGGAUAAGAUGGGGAGGUACCAACAGAAGUUGGUGGGCCUCUGUGAGGAAGUGAAGGGAUGGAGGUCUAACAUCCCCAAAGUGUUCCUCUAUGACUCCGGCCCGGAGUCAGCGCCUGGGCGACCCGGAGUAAAUGUGGUGGGGUCGUGCCCACAAUCGGGAAUGAUGGGGAGACCCCUCACUCCGCAGGCCCGGCUGGCACAGACAGUGCGAACGAGGAAUCAAGCCAAGGCCAGUGCCAGCCAAGAGCCUCCAAGGAGGGAAACCGAACCAGGGAGAAGGAAAGAGGUUGUGGAAGUAGAGGACGACGAUGAUGAAGAGGAAGAGGACGAGAGGCUGYGCACAGAAGAGGAUCAGAGAACGGAGCAGCGGGCGAGAAAAAARGGAACCAGGGGAGAGGCCGAGUCAGUCAUACGUGAUGGACCACCCAAUAAGAAGAAAUACGUGGUUCGGUUGGAAGAGGGAUUUGACGUAGAGAGAGWRAUUGACAGGCUGCUGAAAGGGCAUAAUGACCUCAURACCCUGAAGGAAAUCCUASCGUCAGCCCCRCGACUCCGCGAUGAACUGAAGGGGAGAUUGUCGMGGCGCCUGGUACCCAAUGUCCAUCUGGGUAUGAUUCWGCCCAAGGAGGCUGAGUGGRCAGAGUCGGGGACGAAAAUSGAYUGGAAGUGUGUAGCCUGCGGCACGGUGGAUUUGGUGGUGAAGGGCUCCAAGUGUGCGGCAAUGGUGGACACCGGGGCCGAAAUGAACAUCAUUCGGGAGGCGGACGCAAUCAGAUUUGGGCUGGAUAUAUACCGCUCGUUGAACCCGGCAGAAAAUGUGGACGAAGUGCCCGAGAGCCAGGACGACGAGUUCGAGGAGGGAGAGAUUAAGGAGGCUUUUCGUGCAGAGGAGUACGACGGGAUCUACCUAGAGCUAGGACUUCUUCUGUCCUGCGAAAUGCAGCUAAGGGAUGCGAGCGAUAGGGCUCAGAGGAUGCUGCAGCGCUACUUAGUGCGAGACGGCCACCUUUUCGUGAGAAGAGGAGUGAGGAGUCCCAGGAGAGUCGCCUGCGGUAGGAAUCGUCAGAUCGACGUCGUAGCAGCGCUCCACGAUGGCAUUGCAGGAGGGCAUCGAGGGGUACAAGCCACGUAUGCCAAGAUAAGUGAGCUAUACUACUGGGAUGGGAUGAUGGAUAUGGUCGGGAAGUUCUGCCGAUCUUGCGUACCUUGCCAGGAAAUAUCCCGUUUAAGGCAAGGAGAGCCGCUGCAUCCAAGGGUAGAGCGAGAGGUGGGGGCCGUAGUGCAUCUCGAUCUACUUUUUAUGCCGCUUGGGGAUCAGGGCUAUAACUACAUCUUCAAUGCGCGCGAUAACUUGUCUGGGUUCGUAGACGGGCGUGCUAUUCGCACGAAGACCGGGUCGGUCCUGGUGAGCUGCAUCGAGAAGUAUUACCUGCGCUAUCCUUUCGUCAGGGAAUUUGUAAUGGACAGGGGAUCAGAGUUUACCUGCCAGGAGGUGCAAGAAUUGUUAUCAAGGUCUGACUUUACGAAGACAGCCAUGCCAAGAGGAGGGAAGGGGACACGGCCGCCUCAGAGGCCGUUGGGCGCAUCAGGAGGAUAUGAGCAGCAUGGGCCUCACCAUCGAGGGAGUACUCCGGUCUACAAUAAUGGGGACAUCGAGCGAUUCCUGGACAGUUUCUGCGAGCAUGCGAGGCGUAUGGGCUGGACCGUGGCUCAGGCGAUUGAGAGAUUGAGGGGAGCAGGCAGAUUCGAGGAGGCCAUUGCCAGGAUUCGUAGGGAGGCGACGACGAGGCAGGAGGUGGAAAUGAGGAUGGAGGAGUUGCGACCCUCGCCUGUGGGACAAGAUGGCAGGCCGAUCCGCCUGGAGAUUGGAAAUGCGUCGGACUUCAUCCCCGCAGAUCAGAGGCAGCAGGGGCACUCCCAGAGCAGCAGGCAGGGAGAGCAGAGGCAGCCAGGACAUGGGUUACCUGGACAGCCAUCUGCAGCAGAGCCUCGCCCGGAGCGACCUAUGGGAAGCGUUAUCCCGGAGCCAGAGGAGGCGAGAGCCCAGAGACAAGCAGAGAGAGAGGCGUUCGAGUUUAGAGCCCCUACUGAGCUCGCGACGUUGCCAGUGGCAGCGGCAAGCCCAAUCGUACCUUUGGCGAUUGAGGAGGGGCUACCGCCAUCUAGCAGUGAGCCGGCUCAGGGGUCAGCAGAAGUAUCCAUGGGCGUACUCCUUGAGGCAGUGCAUACCAUGCAGGAGGAGGCGAGUUUGUUUUCACCCGAGCAGAGGAUAGAGGAGUCGCGUGAGAGAGAGAUAUGGAUUGAGGCGGAGGGUGCCAUCGAGAGCAGGCUCCAGAGGAUGGGCACACCUGAGUAUGGACCAGAGGAGAUUGAGGAGCUGCCCACGGCAGUGGCAGGAAAGACACUCAAGAGGAAACCUCAGAGGUUGGACACGCCUGAGUACGUCCUAGCGACAGGGGAUUUGAGGAGCAGACUGGGAUCUUGAACUACUGGAUCUGGGUCUAGAGGACCGGUUCCUAGGACAG